UUAUGUCUAAUUAUAUGUCUAGUUAGGAAGUAAGAAGUCCAAUUUUCUAAUUUCGAGAGAGACAUGAAAUAGGUCUAGACAAAUUGUGUUGGACUUCAGCUCAUCAUAUUUGAGUUGGGCCAUCAUCGUUCCAAUCCAUAUCAUCAUCUUCUUCAUCACGAUCAUCUUCCGCUUUCCAUUUUGGCUUUAGAGCAGAAUUGAGAGCUUACUCAAAAAUGGCGACUUCUCCGCCAACAUCCAGUAAACGCCCCAAAUCCGAAGCAGAAUCCAACGAAGAAAACGACAAGGAGCAGGAUGAUUGCUGCGGUAUUUGCUACGUCGAACGCGGAGUUUCAAUUCCAGGUGAAAUCGAUUCCUGCAACCACUAUUUUUGCUUCGUUUGCAUCAUGGAAUGGGCCAAACACGAAUCUAGAUGCCCAAUCUGUCGCCAGAGAUUCUCCAACGUUCGUAGACUCCCUAAGCUUGGCGUAUUUUCUUCCUCUCGGGACGUUAAGGUCCCUCUCCGUGACCAGGUUUAUCAUCCUCAUGGAAAUAUGACAAGUGGUCCUGUUGAUUCUAAUGUUGAACUCAAAUGCUGUAUUUGCUAUGUUGCAAAAGAUGAAAAUCUUAUAAUUAUAUGCGAUCUUUGCGAUAUGGCUUCACAUGCUUAUUGCGUUGGCCUGGGAUACAACGUUCCUGAAGGUGAUUGGUUUUGUCAUGAUUGUGCUGUUUCCCGGGAGACUAAUGCUAAUGAUGGUUUAGACUUAGACCAACAAGCUCUUGAGUUAACAGCUGAGCCUGAGCCUGGUGUAACCGUCUUAGAUAUCGUGAGAGAAACAAGCAGCCAAGUGGCUAGAAGACCGAUGAUAUCUUCCAUUCGACGAAACCAUUCUUUGUCUUCUGCUAUUCCUUUAGCUGAUAGAGCGAGUAGAUCAGAAGGUAAAAAACCCGUGACAGCUGUGCAGCGUGCGCAAUGUAAUGUCCAGGUGCUUCGUGAAAAUUGGGAUUCUUUGAGAAGUGGUUCAUUGAGGUUUGAUAGGAAAUCAUUUCAAUCGGGUGGCACAAGUAGUCAAAAACAUGAUUCUAGUUCUUUAUCACGUGGUAAAUUAGAUGGUUCACACCCAAUAGCUUCCACAGGCCGUCAACAAUCCACAGUCCAAGGCGCCCAAUCUAGUAACAUGGUGAAUGAUGGUGACUUGAAAUAUGAUGUUCACAAAGCUUGGCAAAUGAUGGAUAGGGCAAAGACAAUGAAACAGACUCCUAGACGAACUAGCAGAAUUACAAAGGUAGUGGAUGAUGAUCCCUCGUGUAGCGGUGCUAGAGAAAAAUCAUUUGCACCUCGUAGUUGCCCAGAAUUGAAAAACCUACAGCCCAGAACAUUAGACUUUAGGUGCACCAGAAUGGAGGAGCAGUGUGGCUAUUCAAGUCUUACAAAAAAAUUGGAAAAUCACUUGUCUCCGAUGUUGGGAGAGAAAAGGAAAAGUAGGGUCUCAUAUCAGGAGAAGAUACAGCAUUUGAGGGACCAUACUAGUACUACACAUUCAGUAGGAUGCAGGGAACGUCCAUUGCUCAGUAAGGUCCAUACUGGUACCCACAGUGCUCCCCGUGACGAUGAAAGAAAUUCCGAGAGGGAACAAAGGCAGUCUACUUACUUGGUAGUUUCAGUAGGUUCAGCAUCCUCUAGUGGCAAAUCUGACAGUGUGUUUUCCUCUAAUAAGGAUGUGAAUAAAGAAAAGAGAUUUGCUAAAGGCUUUGGGAAUGAGAUAACAAAAAAUACUGAAGAUGCAAAAACAGAGAUCCAGUGUCUUGUUAAACUGAAUCUGAAGUGCUUAACUAGAGAUAAACAAUUAGGCGUCGAAACUUUCAAGUUAGUUGCAAGGCAAGCCACACAUACCAUCUUGGCUGCUUGCCAUUCCGAGCAGCACAGGUCUAAUAUAUACUCCUCAAGCUCCGUAUGCAGCCAUACUGACCAUAUUACACAGUUACAGAAGUCCACUUUAAUGCCCAAUUGUUGCCGACAAUGUUUUCACGUCUUUGUGAACGAUGUUGUCAAAUCCAUCAUGUUGGAAAAAGUGGGCUGUUGUUCUUGAUCUACAUUUUUUUCGUAUUGUCUUUUUUCAUUUCAAUGAUUAUUAUUUUCAACUAUGUAAAUAAAUUAAGGCUUCCCUUUGGCUCAGGGCCUCAGGCAACCACAUUGUUAACUUAAGUUGGAGGUAGACGUUGCAUUUCUACCAUUUUACUUUUCCACUUGGAUGGAAAAGGAAUUGAAAAAUGUAUUGAAAAUGUCUUUACCUAUAAAAGUAGAUAAGUUUGUACCGUCUAACUUCUGCUCAUUUUUGGCAUAAUCUGGGUAUUUUAUGCGAGUGUAUAAUUUACAGUUUUUAAAAUUAAACUAUGUUAUUUCUUCAAGACAAAUGUGUCAAUAUUGCCUUAUGGGGAAAAGAUAUUACAGAGAUACAGAGCACAACCUAAUUCACCAGCAGUUGCAUGGUUUGAGAAUACGAAAUGAUCCAUCUAUCCGUGGACGCUCGUAUACAGGUUCGUGUAACUUUUCUAUUGAAUAAAAGUAGUUUAAUUUUACAUCUUCCAAUAUUCUAUUUUUCUUUUCUUGUCAUAAAUUAACAUAUAGGGCCCCGGCUUUGGGUCACUCCUUUGUUUGGACAAAGUCCAAAACAGAGGUAGCUGUUGUGCAGCACCACAGAGAAGUCUUGCCUAUAGGCUUAAGUCCAUGACUAUGAUUAUUAUUAUUCUGUUUUGUGCUUUACAGAAGUGUUGCUCUUUUUUAAAAUUUUGUGAAAUGACAUCUCAUCCUUCAAAUGGUUUAAAAUUUUGAUAUCUUCCUAUGGAUUCCGCAAAUAUGUUUGAGCAAAGGUCCAGAAACUUUCAAUUCCCACCAUGUCAUACACAUGCUGAUUUUUUCCACCAAGUAAGUAGCAUUUUGAACUGUCAAUUAUUAAAUGUUUUUUGCAUCUCUUUCUCACAUAUAUAAUUGACUUGUAUGUGAUUUAUUUGUAUGCAUGUGUGAACCGUCGCAAUGUAAGCACAUUUAUUUAUUUAUUUGUUUGUAUCUGGAUUUAGUAAAUGACAGUAUUUAAAUUCUUCACUUUCUGCCUUUUUAGAAUCCAAGAUUAGGGCGUGCUUUGUUUUACACAAUAGUUUGAGUUGUUCUUAUCAACAAAUCAUAUGAAAAUACAAAUAUGUAACUCAUAGAAUAUCUUUUCAUACAACAUUUAUAAACUGCAGCCACUACUUACUGAUUGAUCACUUUGGAUGCUAUAUUAACUUUUCCUUUCAACUUUUCAUGUGCAAAAAUCAAAGUGCAACUUUGUAUGGAUCAUUUCGGCGCAUAUACAGUGGAAGGUUACUUAAUAUAUAUACAUCAAUUAUUUCAACACAAUUAUUGGCUAUUGAAUAUUGAUGUUUUAGUAUUUUUCACUUUCUGAAGAUCCAAUAUACCAACAGAAUUUAAUAUUGUAAGCAGUACGUGCUGCACUUUUGUUGUAAUGCAUUUUCUGAUCUAUUGGCUUUGGUUUUAA